CUUUAAAAAAAAAAAAAAAAAAAAGGCAGUUGAGCAAUGCUCAUGUUUGUGCCGGUUCAGUGAACCAGCUGUUUUGUGUGUGUGUGUGUGUGUGUGUGUGUGUGUGUGUGUGUGUGUGUGUUGCUAGGUCAUCAUCAGUAGACAGUUCCUGUGCGAUUACGGUAGGAAGUGCAGGCUGGGCUCUAGUAAAUCUGCAGUUUACUAUUUAUGCGCUGAAAUGAGCCAGCAGGGCUAAGUCACUGUUUCUUAGCAGAACUGCACUGAGCGCCUUCCGCGGGCCCUGCACUGUGCUGCGGAAGAUGCUCCAGAGAGCCCCCGCAGGCAGAUGCAGAUGAAUGGGCAGGGCGGUGAACGCUGGGAUCCGGGUGUGCAAGAUUUCUCCGUGGACAAUGGCAGCCACAAUUCAGGCCAUGGAGAGGAAGAUCGAGUCGCAGGCUGCCCGCCUGCUGUCCCUCGAAGGUCGAACUGGGAUGGCCGAGAAGAAGCUGGCGGACUGCGAGAAGACGGCCGCGGAGUUCGGGAACCAGCUGGAGGGCAAGUGGGCCGUGCUGGGGACCCUGCUGCAGGAGUACGGGCUGCUGCAGAGGCGGCUGGAGAACAUGGAGAACCUGCUGAGAAACAGGAACUUCUGGAUCCUGCGGCUGCCCCCGGGCAGCAAGGGGGAGGUCCCCAAGGUGCCCGUGACCUUUGAUGACGUGGCCGUGUAUUUCUCUGAGCAGGAGUGGGGCAAGCUGGACGAGUGGCAGAAGGAGCUCUACAAGCACGUGAUGCGGGGCAACUACGAGACGCUGGUGUCCCUGGACUACGCCAUCUCCAAGCCUGAGGUCCUCUCCCAGACCGAACAGGGGAAGGAGCCGUGCAGCUGGCGUCGCACCGCCCCGAAGGUUCCAGAUGUUCCUGUGGACCCGAGUCCAGGCUCGGGGCCCCCGGUUCCUGCCCCUGACCUCUUAAUGCAGAUCAAGCAGGAGGGCGAGCUCCAGCUCCAGGAGCAGCAGGCUCUGGGGGUAGAGGCCUGGGCAGCUGGACAGCCGGAUAUUGGGGAGGAGCCAUGGGGCCUCAGCCAGCUGGACUCCGGAGCAGGAGACGUCUCUACAGAUGCCGCCUCUGGCGUCCACUCCAACUUUUCCACCACGAUCCCACCCACUUCCUGGCAGGCGGACCUCCCUCCCCACCACCCUUCUUCAGCAUGCUCGGAUGGGACACUGAAGCUCAACACAGCAGCCUCCACGGAAGCAGAUGUCAAAAUUGUGAUAAAAACAGAAGUCCAGGAAGAGGAGGUGGUGGCCACGCCAGUGCAUCCUACCGACCUGGAGGCUCACGGGACCCUGUUUGGACCAGGCCAAGCCACAAGGUUUUUCCCUAGUCCCGUCCAGGAAGGAGCCUGGGAAAACCAGGGCGGCUCCUUCCCCAGCCAGGACCCUGUGCUGGGGCUGAGAGAGCCCGCCCGGCCUGAGCGGGACAUGGGCGAGCUCAGCCCCGCGGUGGCCCAGGAGGAGACCCCGCCGGGGGACUGGCUCUUUGGGGGGGUCCGGUGGGGCUGGAAUUUCCGGUGUAAGCCCCCCGUGGGCCUGAACCCGAGGACUGGGCCCGAGGGGGUGCCCUACACCUCCCCCGACAGCGGGGAGGCCGUGCUGGACCCCAGCCAGGCCCCGAGACCCUUCGGCGACCCCUGUAAAUACCCCGGCCGGACCAAGGGCUUCGGCCACAAGCCGGGCCUGAAGAAGCACCCCGCCGCCCCGCCGGGAGGGCGGCCCUUCACCUGCGCCACGUGCGGGAAGAGCUUCCAGCUGCAGGUGAGCCUGAGCGCGCACCAGCGCAGCUGCGGGCCGCCCGAGGGGGCGCCGGGGGCGGCGGGCGGCGGCGCGCGGGACGGCAGCGCGCUGCGGUGCGGGGAGUGCGGCCGCUGCUUCACGCGCCCCGCGCACCUCAUCCGCCACCGCAUGCUGCACACGGGCGAGCGGCCGUUCCCCUGCACCGAGUGCGAGAAGCGCUUCACCGAGCGCUCCAAGCUCAUCGACCACUACCGAACGCACACGGGCGUGCGGCCCUUCACCUGCACGGUCUGCGGCAAGAGCUUCAUCCGCAAGGACCACCUGCGCAAGCACCAGCGCAACCACGCGGCGGGGGCCAAGGGCCCGGCCCGCGGCCAGCCCCUCCCGCCCCUCCCGGCCGGGCCCCCGGACCCCUUCAAGAGCCCGGCCUCCAAAGGACCCUUGGCCUCCACAGACCUAGUGACCGACUGGACUUGUGGCCUGAGCGUCCUGGGACCCAGCGACGGCGCGGACCUGUGACGCCCCCCGCCCUCCCCCGCCCGAGCUGGCGAGGGUGGGGGGGGCGCCCCGGUCCCCUGGCCCGGCUGCAGGCCGCGCGCCUAAGGAGAGCCGCACUCGGAGGCGGCAGGGCGGUGGUGGGAACGGAGCCCGGGGAAGCCGGUUUCCCAGCCGCUGAACUGAUCGCUGGAGGGAGAGAAACUAUCAAACGAUCCGGCCUCCACCUCUAAACAAAGUAGAAUUCUCUGAUUGUGAAACUGAGCAGCAUAGAAUUUUAAGUAAUUUAAUUAUGGAAACUUUUUUUUUUUUUUUUUUUUUUUUUUUUAAUUCUUGACGAAAACGCUGGAAAAUAGUCGUAGCACCAGUUUAAACUUUAUAGUGUACUUUCGGUUUCCGGAGCGUGCGUUUGUGUGGGCUGUGACCGUACCAAGUCCGACAGUGAGUUGGCCGGCUGGGGACACAGGUGAGGAGGGUCCCGGACCUGCCCUGGCCCCGCUGACUCCUAGGGAGGGGCCGGUGGGGGGUGCCGGCGCAGCAGAGUUGAGAAACCCCCGCCCCACCUGGCCACCAAGCUGGCCUGGGGAUGGGGCAGGUCUGGGCCUGGGGCUCCAAGCUCCUCCCAUCACCCCUCCCCUCCAGGGUGUGGAACCCCCACCACGGGUCAGAGUCAGCAGGGAGAAGGACGCGCCCACCGGCAGCCAGUCCCGUUCCCCAGCUUGCCCCUCCAUCUGAAAAGUCCCCCCACCCAAAGUGCUGGCCCAUUAUGGGCCAUCUGCCGCCCCUAACGGCAAGGGAUCUGGGUGGUGUCACCCUGUUAUGGGACUCAGGGCCUCAUAAAGGAGAGCCACCUGAAAACACAGUGUUAGGGCUGCGCAGGAGAGGAGGCAGAGGUGGGCAGGCCCAACCUUUCACUCUCAGUUACCGGCGGAGCCAGGAACAAAGCCUGGCCUGCCGAACCCCACGAACCCCAUGUGGGGCCGCUUUCCUCUCCAGCCAAAUGCUUCUCUUUCCUUUGCUCUGUGUAGUGAGUGUUUCUUCGUUGUCAGAACGCUUUCACAUCGCGUCUCAUUUGAUUACUGUGACCUUGUAAAGCACGCGGGACGAGUGUUGUUAGAGAUGAGGAAGUAAACUCCUCCAAGGGCACCCCUCCCAGCCUCACGCGGGAGUGCGAGGCCUCGGGCCAGCAGUCGAGGAAGGCCACGGAUUAGACAGGCUGGUCAUCCUGGAACACCACCGGCUUGGGGGAGGGAAGGUACUCGCGGCUGCCCUCUUAAGAUUUGUACCACCGCUGGCCGAGCAAAAUCAUCAGGCGUCAAGGUUCUGCUGGCCUGUCUGGAGUGUGCACCCAUUCUCCCCACCGGGCGGGUGUGGGGGGGGGGGGGUGCCAGGUGGCAGGUCUGAGGCUGCGUGAGGGGCAAGUGCUUGUUCAUUCCCCCUCUGACAUCGUAGAGGUAGAAUUAGAAACGGCCCAGGUUUCUUGAUUCUGCCGCAAUGCUGUCCCUACCACACAAGUGUCCAUUCCUGUUUCGUUGGCACAGCCACUGGUCCCCUUGCCCCCAACGGGUAACCUGUUCCCCCCUGAGGAACCAGAGACCGUGGCUUCCUUUCAGUCCGCUUCCUCAUGCGUCCUUUUAUUAGGCAAUAGUCUAGUUCGGAAAAUUGUUUCUAUGUACUGUAUAUUUUGUACCCGUUUACACUUCUAAUAUUGAUAUAACUGAUAUUUUGAAAAACGGAUGAAGAGGAAACAUCCUGUUAAAAUAAAACCUAACCAGCACCAAGACGGCUUGGCGGGUUCCAUUCUUAGACCUGUGUCUUGGGCACUGAUGCCUCUAGACCCUCCUCCCACGGGAGCCGUGUGGCCAGCUUCCUGGGCACCCUCCUCCUACACGUGGUCACCUCGGACCCAGGGAGGUCUCCGGCCCUCAGAGCCAGGAGUGGAAGAACCCAGAGAAGUCUGACUCCAUGGAGGGAAAACCAUAACGCGCCCAGUCACUUUGCUUCAGAGUAGAGUCCUGCUUUGUGUCGUCCGGCUUGAUGUAAUGCGAUGCGAGGUGCGUGAGACCGGGUCUGGGAGAAGAACUGCAGAGCAUCCGAGAAAAGCGGAUGCCGGCUGUUCUCUCCUCGGCUCGUGCCUCUGCUGGGCCCGCGGCUGCUGUGUUCCUGGUCCGGGGGUGGAGGCCGCCCGACAACCAGAGCCAACGGUUGUGAAUGUUUUAUCUCGAGUGUUCGGUCUUUUUCAUCUUGAUCUUUGUCUUUUUAAGAAAAUGAAAACGUA